ACCGGUGACAAACUGUACAAUAGUCGGGUUUUGUCUGGAAAUUGAGGAUAUUGGAGGUCUUUUUUCCUACAUUUGAAAUAUUCAUGGUUUUUAUAGGAAAUUAAUGACUUCAUAUGGCUUUAUUUCUUUAUCUGUAAAUAUAAAGAAAAAGAUCUAAGGACUUUUGCGAACGAGAUAAGAACUGUGUUAAAAUAGAAGUUAAUGCGACGGACAAAGGCCGAACGGCCGAAGUGCUGCAGGAAGAAGAUGAGCAUUAGUGGCCUUUGGUCCUACGUUUUAUUUGUGAUAUUAAUGCCAAUUUCUCCAACGCUGGCCGGGCUAGAUAAAACUUGUACGUCAGAGGCACGUGAUCACCAACAUGGUUUAUGUGGACGAGGACUUUCAGAGACAUUACAACUUAUAUGUAUGGGACAAUAUAACAUUCCAGUGCCAGGAAAACGAGACGUCGACGAAGAUCAAUAUCCACGAGUUUCGCGAUUACAAGGGAUAAUUUUAGGAAAAAGAGAAGCAUUUUCAUAUCUUUCAAAGAGAUCUUCAGCCAUACGAUUUCAAGGGAUAAUUUGUGAAUGUUGUUACAAUCAAUGUGGUUAUGACGAAUUACUUCAAUAUUGUUCGUUUCGUAAAAAGAGAGAUUUACCCCAUAAAUAGAUAUUAAUUAUAUUGUGUUUCCCUGUGGUUUAUUUUGAUCUCAGUGGUAAGAAUCUCCUGAGGGGUGAUACUAAAUGAUAUUAAAUGAACAAUAUUGGCAGGCAUGUUGUAUAAAACAGUUUUUCUUACGGGUACUUUGACGGGUUUUAAGUAAUUAAUUUAAGAUAGAUCGGGUGUCUCCCGCCAUCUUGGAUUGUAAAAUAGCAGGAAACAAUCGGUCCAUGUAUUUAAGCAAACUGCCAAAAUUUAAGAGAAUAAUGUAAAUUUUGGUAAAACUUUUGAACGAAAUGAAGAAAAUCACGAUUUUUUAAGACUAUUUUUUUUUUUAUACAGAAUAGGUUUUGAUUUGAUCUAUUUAUUUUCCUCAUUUUUUGCCAUCUAAGUUGAGCUAACCCAGAUACGAAACCUUUAUAAAUUUUAUGUGAUUUUCUAUGCUUAAUUAAACUGACCUUGUUUUUAAACCAAUCUAAUUGGAAUGCAGUGACAGUUUUUACGAAUUUGUGAAUUGCUGAUCUUAUUGUUGGUUUGUUGUCUCUUUGACUUUUACCCUUUUUGUUUUUGUACUAUGAAUUUUACAUAUUUUGUAAUAUUUCAGCAACAUAUUUGAUUUAUUAAAAGCAUUUCGAAAUAAUAACACUAAACAUGUUUCUAAAACCUAAAAUAUGUUUGAAAGUACAGCGCUUUUACGAAAGGCUUUUAAUCAGGCCGUAAUUUUUCUCGUGUGAAUUGUUUACAUUUGCCGUUUUGAAACCGUUUAUGGAUUUCUAUAUACGGUAUUUUAGGUUUUUGGUCAUUGUUGAAGGCCGUUCGGUAACUUAUAUUUGUUAACUAUGGCAUUUGGUAUCAACUGGAGAAUUGUCUCUGUGUCAAUAAUUUCACGUGGUAUUUUAUUUUUUCAAUAUGAGAGUAUGGGUGGGAUGAGUAGACUUCUAACUGCACUAUCUGAAGUUUCUGAUGUGUGAAAAAUGAACAAGAGCAGGUUAUUAAAUGGUUGUAUUGUGUAAAAGAAAAUGUUCGAAAUAUCUUUAUAUUUUCAAUUAAAGAUAAAUGGUGUAGGCACUUUUUAAUUCUGGAAUAUGUGUUUUGACUACUUAAUUUCUGUAUUCUUUAAAAAGUUUUGGAUUUUUUUCUUUAUCUUUGAUUAAAACGCUUUAAAAUUAUCAAGAAAAUGCUUGUACGAUUAAAUUUUCAUGUAGUUUGAUGAAUACUUUAUUUUGUAAUCAUUUCUGUUAUCAGUAUCGUUUUUUAUCUUCAUAGUUGUUCUAUAUACUUUUGCACCCCAUUAUUCUCUGUUCUAAAUAUACUUUGAUCAAUUUUCUCUAUUCAUUGUUUAAUUUUAUCAUUUUCUCUAUUCUGUUAAUCUCUUCGAGACCUUUCUUUAUCAUGCGUCUACUUUCAAUAGCAUUGAAUCGUGUUAUAUCUUAAAAAUUGAACGCAAAAUUGUUCAGAAAGUUUGCUCAAGAUGAAAAAUAUUUUGUGACAGGUUACAAGUCAAAGGAUUCGUUUAAAGGGCAUUAUUUCAGUUAAUAAUUAUUAUUGUAAUAAAAAUGAAUAUUACUUGUUCUCUGGCAAUUUUAUGAAUCUAAGGUUUGAAUAUGAAAUCAUUAUAAGACUUGUUCAUAAGAUGCAUGUAUAAGAACAUUUUUCAUUCAGCUGAUGUUGGUAACAUCAAGGGUCCAAUAGUCCUAAAAUUUAUGUUGCUUUUUGUAAAAUUGUAUACCAGCUUGUGUCUUCAAGCAUUCAAAGACAAAAGAAUGCAGUUGUUAUAUUUGUUACUCGAUCUUUUGAAGAAAUAAAAAUAGAAAAAGUA